CACCUCUUCUGUUACAUCUAAUAUGUCAUUCAUUCGUCUCUCUACUUUCCUUUACGCUUGUGCAGUGGCGGCGCUCGCCUUCCCUGCCGACAGCACUAUUGUUGCUCGCGAUGACUCCAGCUGGACAGACGAUGCCACCUUCCGCUCGGCUAUCCUCGAUACCACAAACUCAUACCGAAGCGCCCAUGGCGCGUCUGCGUUGACCUGGGACGAUACCCUCGCUUCAUACGCGUUACAACAUACCCAGUCUUGUGUGUUUGAGCAUAGCGGCGGACUGUAUGGGGAGAACCUCGCUGCAGGAUACGCCUCUGCGUCGGCUUCAGUUGCUGCGUGGGGCGACGAAGGUGCAGAGUAUAGCUGCAGCAACCCUGGAUUCUCCAGCGCAACAGGUCACUUCACGCAGUUGGUAUGGAAGAGUACGACCAAAGUUGGGUGUGGGAGGGUUGAUUGUAACGGCUCUAAUGGGACGCCGGGAUGGUACCUCACUUGCGAAUACAGCCCCGCCGGCAAUAUUAUUGGUGACAACAACCAGUACUUCAUUGACAAUGUUCAGUGUUAAGAGAAGGGAGGAAGGCGACUUGGUCCUUCUUUCAAUGUCUUGCUGUGAUAAUAUCUAAGCUUCAUUUGUCACGUAAUUUUAUCAUCGUAUACCACCGAAAUUUCAGCGUCU